UUUUGCCUGCUUCGUUUUCGAACAGAAUCAUCGGAGAGACGACGGAACACUUCGUGCCGAGAAGAUGCACCGAGCGCCCUCGCGAAUCGCUAUCAAUAACCGUUCGAUGGAGGCGGUGCGAUGCAGAUUUUCCGCCCGUAGCGCUCUUAUGUAUAGGGUGAAGUCCAUCUGUCACCCCAUAUCGAUCUCUGCUUUUUCUUCAUCCCUUGUCCAAGUCCGCUGUGGACCCGGAGAUGGAGUCCAACAGGAAUGGCAGACAGGCCCUUAUGCCAGACCUUGUUCUUGAGGAUCUCCCGCCUUUGCCCGAAAUACAGUCGGAGGAUAUCAAGACACAGGUGUACACUCAUCGAAGCUACUACGCCAGGCCCACCCAUUUGUUCGAGGAUAGUCCCGAAGACCCCAGCCCGGACAACGAGAAGUAUGAGCAUUUGGGGGACUCGGUCGUCAGUUUGGUUGUCACCAGCCUGAUACGCGAGGUGUGCCCCAAUUUGCGCGUCGGCCCGGCCACGAAAGUCCGCGCUCUCCUGGUGGGCAACCCUACGCUGGCAGCCAUUUCUGUUCGUUAUCGCCUCCCGGAGGAGCUGCGCAUGCACCCUGCACAAGCGAUGACGCUCCGGGCCUCAAUCAACAUACAAGCCGAUUUGUUUGAGGCGUUCGUGGGCGGCCUGUACCUCGAUCGUGGCCUCGACGUGGUGAAAGACUGGCUAUACACGCUCUUGCGGCCCUACCUCACCGAAGCCUAUCGCCAGGUCCGUAUUCAAUACGGCCUUUCCCCCGAUCCCCCGCCGCCCUCCCCCAACCUGGCUCCACCAUCUAGCCUAAGCACCACCCGCACUCCGCCGCCCUGUAUGGCAGCAAGCGUCGGGCACCUCUCGCUCUUCAACCAGCACCUGCAGCAGCGGGGCAAGGGCAUCGAGUGGGUGUGGGCCGACAGUGAGGGACAAGGCACGCGCACAACGCCGAUCUGGGUAGUCCGCGCGAUGGUCGACGGAGCAUGCCUCGGCGGGGGCCGUGGGAGCACGAAGAAGGCGGCGAAGAACGAGGCGGCAAAGGAGGGCCUGCAGAACAUGGGGAUCGUAGUCCCGCCCCUCGAGCCACGAGUUGGGGCCUCAGCAUUUUCUCUCUAGACUGUGGCCGGAUGUUCUGGCAAGCCGGAGCUGGUCAUCCCGCCUCAGUGUGAAGAGGGUGUGCAUGAGUCUUAUGAACCGACUGUUUCCUGGCCUGUGAUGGCUCCGUAGGAAGUAAAUGACUAGAUUGUUGAUGUGAUUUGCUUAUCGAAGCCGCUUUCUCGCUAUCCCAUGUGCUGUAAUACGUUCGUAUCUUUUCUUG